UGAAGCACACUACGCAUACUCGAGCGCCAGAAAGUGCGCUCGCGGAGAGAAAGAAACAUCGCUUGGAACUGUUUAUCCUGACGUCAGUUUGAACAGCUCGCACUGCCCCCGUAUCACUUCACGCGACUCUGAACUGAGCUUCGGCUGGAUUUCGGGAAUCGAUGAACUUAACCAUCCAAACUACUGGAGCCCCCUGAAAUGAUUUCGGCUUGUUUUCCCAACUGGACUAACAACAUAAAAUGAAUACUUGCGCUUUUCUCUUGAUCCUGGCUGUUCAGAUUCACGCCGACAGCGUAGAGGGACCAACAGCGGGCUGCACGUUUGAUGAGGACUCCGACCCCAGCCUGUGCGAGUUCAGCCAAGGGGAGGAGGAUGACUUUGAUUGGCAGCUGUUCCGCGCUCACGCCUCGCCACACUCCACCUCUGAUCUCCUGCGCGGCUCCUACAUGAUGGUCAACUCCUCCCAGCAUGCAGCGGGGCAGAGGGCUCAGCUUCUGCUACAGACGCUAAGUGAAAACGACACGCACUGCGUGCAGUUCAGCUACUUCCUGUACAGCAGAGACGGCCACAGUCCGGGGGCGCUGCGGGUUUAUGUGCGGGUCAAUGGUGGGCCGCUUGGCAUUCCCGUGUGGAAUGUCUCUGGCUCGCGUGGACGACAGUGGCACCAGGUGGAACUGGCAGUCAGCACUUUCUGGCCAAAUGAGUACCAGAUAUUGCUGGAGGCGACUGUGGACCGCAAAGGCUACAUUGCAGUUGAUGACAUACUCCUGUUGAACUACCCGUGUUAUAAAGCCCCUCAUUUUUCCCGUUUGGGGGAUGUGGAGGUCAACGCUGGACAAAACGCCACUUUCCAGUGUGUGGCAGCUGGACGUCCCAAUGAAGCAGAGAAGUUUCUGUUGGAGCGGCACAAUGGUGAAGUGUCUUCAGGUGGUUCUGUCAAGUACUUGGGCCGCAACCGCUUCUCAGUGUCCUUUCAACUGGAGGACGUCCAGAAGCCAGAGCAGGACCUCUACCGCUGCGUCACGCAGUCCUCCAGAGGCUCCGGCGUCUCCAACUUUGCGGAACUCAUUGUCAAAGUUCCUCCAUCUCCCAUUGCUCCACCCCAGCUGUUGAGAGCAGGCUCCACGUAUUUGAUCAUUCAACUAAACACAAACUCCAUUCUGGGUGAUGGCCCCAUCAUCCGUCGGGAAAUCGAAUAUCGGGCCAGCCAGGCACCUUGGUCUGAGAUCCUUGGAGUUAACAUGGUUACCUAUAAGCUCUGGCACCUGGAUCCAGAUACAGAGUACCAUAUCAGUGUGCUGCUCACCCGGCCAGGCGAGGGUGGGACGGGACCACCAGGACCACCCCUCAUCAGCAGAACCAAAUGUGCAGAGCCCAUGCGGGCGCUGCGUGGUCUUCGAGCCUCGGAGAUCCAGUCCCGGCAGCUGACCUUGCAGUGGGAGACGCCAGCCUUCAACCUGACCCGCUGCCACACGUACUCGGUCUCCUUGUGUUACCGCUACACUACCGCAGGGGGCGGCGGUGGGCACAACACCACGGUGAGAGAAUGCCUGGCUGUAGAGCACAACACUUCACGCUUCACCCUCAGAGAUCUGCCUCCUUUUCACACCAUCCAAAUACGCCUGGCACUCGCCAACACCGAGGGCAAGAAGGAAGGGAAGGAGGUCAUGUUUCAAACUGAGGAGGACAUUCCCGGAGGCAUUGCUCCCGAGUCUCUUACCUUCACUCCGCUGGAAGAUAUGAUCUUCCUGAAGUGGGAGGAGCCGGUGGAACCCAACGGUCUCAUCACGCAGUAUGAGAUCAGCUACCAGAGCAUUGAAUCAUCAGACCCCGGGAUCAACGUUCCAGGCCCGAGGCGCACCGUAUCCAAACUGAGGAACGAGACUUACCAUAUGUUCUCCAACCUGCAUCCUGGCACCACCUACCUGAUCUCUGUGCGGGCGCGCACCGCCAAAGGCUUCGGCCAAACAGCACUCACUGAGAUCACCACCAACAUCUCUGCACCUACAUUCGAUUAUGGAGACAUACCGUCCCCUCUGAGUGAGACAGAAAGCACCAUCACAGUCCUGCUGCGUCCAGCACAAGGCCGAGGAGCUCCGGUCAGCACAUAUCAAGUGAUUGUGGAGGAAGAAGCUGGUAGGAAGGUGAAGAGAGAACUGAGCGUUCAGGACUGCUUCCCCAUUCCAACAUCUCACGGUGAGGCUCAGGCCCGUGGAGCGCCACACUAUUAUACAGCCGAACUUCCCCCGAGCAGCCUGCCCGAGGCUACACCCUUUACUGUGGGGGACAACCACACCUACAACGGCUACUGGAACAGCCCUCUGGACCCCAGGAAGAACUACCUCAUCUACUUCCAGGCCAUGAGCAACUUUAGAGGCGAAACAAGGAUAAACUGCAUCCGCAUCGCCCGUAAAGCCGCCUGUAAAGACCAUCAGCGUGCUCUUGAGGUCACACAGCGCUCAGAGGAGAUGGGGCUCAUCCUAGGAGUGUGUGCUGGUGGGCUGGUGGUCCUGAUACUGCUACUUGGGGCCAUUAUCAUAAUCAUUAAAAAAGGAAGGGAUUACUACUCAUACUCUUAUUAUCCUAGGAAGCCGGUGAACAUGAAUAAGACCCCCAUUACUUACAGGCAGGAGAAGAGUAAUAUGAUGGGCUCCAUGGAGCGCAGUUUCACUGACCAGAGCACUCUGCAGGAGGAUGAGAGGAUGGCCUUGUCAUUUAUGGACACCCAUACGUGCAGCACUCGCAGUGAUCCGCGGAGCUCUAUGAAUGAGUCCAGCAGUCUUCUGGGCGGAUCGCCUAGACGUCAGUGUGGCCGUAAAGGAUCGCCCUAUCACACGGGUCAGCUUCACCCGGCAGUGCGUGUGGCUGACCUCCUACAACACAUCAACCAGAUGAAAACCGCAGAAGGUUACGGCUUUAAACAGGAAUAUGAGAGCUUCUUUGAUGGCUGGGAUAUCAAUAAGAAGAAGGAUAAAACUAAGGGAAGGCACGAUACCCUGAUGGGUUAUGACCGUCACAGGGUGAAACUGCACCCGCUGCUAGGUGAUCCCAACUCCGACUAUAUCAAUGCCAAUUACAUCGAUAUUCGGAUAAACAGGGAAGGUUACCAUCGAUCCAACCACUUCAUCGCCACUCAGGGGCCCAAGCAGGAGACAGUGUAUGAUUUUUGGAGGAUGGUUUGGCAAGAAAACUGCUUUAGUAUCGUCAUGAUCACCAAGCUAGUGGAGGUGGGCAGGGUGAAGUGCUGCAAGUAUUGGCCAGAUGAGUCAGAGAUGUACGGAGACAUUAAGAUCACACUGCUGAAGACUGAAACUCUGGCGGAGUACACAGUGCGAACUUUUGCCCUGGAGCGGAGAGGAUACUCCGCCAAACACGAAGUAUGUCAGUUUCACUUUACAUCAUGGCCUGAGCAUGGAGUCCCAUACCACGCCACGGGUCUGUUAGCCUUCAUCCGGCGGGUCAAAUCCUCCACGCCACUUGACACAGGGCCUGUGGUGGUCCACUGCAGUGUGGGAGCAGGCAGGACAGGCUGCUAUAUCGUGCUGGAUGUAAUGCUGGACAUGGCGGAGUGUGAAGGAGUGGUGGACAUCUACAACUGUGUGAAGACCCUCUGCUCUCGCCGCAUCAACAUGAUCCAAACAGAGGAGCAGUACAUAUUUAUUCACGAUGCCAUCCUGGAGGCGUGUCUGUGUGGGGAGACGGCCAUCCCGGUAAACGAGUUCGCCCUGGCUUACAAAGAGAUGCUGAGGGUGGAUUCUCAGAGCAACUCUUCACAGCUACGAGAGGAGUUCCAGACGCUAAACUCGGUGACUCCUCAUCUGGAUGUCGAGGAGUGCAGCAUUGCCUUGUUACCACGAAACCGCGAGAAGAACCGCAGCAUGGACGUUCUCCCACCUGACAGGGCCCUCGCCUUCCUGGUGACCACUGAGGGAGAAAGUAACAACUACAUCAACGCGGCACUGAUGGAUAGUUUCCACCGGCCUGCUGCCUUCAUUGUAACCCCUCACCCGCUGCCCGGCACGACCUCUGACUUCUGGAGGCUGGUGUUUGACUACGGCUGCACCUCUGUGGUCAUGCUGAAUCAGCUGAACCAAUCAAACUCUGCCUGGCCCAAAUGCACAGCUGGUGAUGCAUUACUGAUCGUGACCUUUCCUUUUCCCCGUCUCAUCCAUGUGAAGCUGCAGGAGGGUCAGCUGGUUGUGUGCCAGUUCCAGUUCCUGCGCUGGUCUGCGUAUCGUGACGUGCCUGACUCCAAAAAGGCCUUCCUCAACCUGCUGGCCAGUGUGCAGAAGUGGCAGAGGGAAUGUGGGGAAGGUCGUACAGUAGUCCACUGCCUGAACGGUGGUGGCCGCAGCGGAACGUACUGUGCUAGCAACAUCCUGAUGGAGAUGAUCCAGUACCAGAACAUCGUGGACGUCUUCUAUGCUGUCAAGACCCUUCGUAACGCUAAGCCCAACAUGGUGGAGACACUGGAGCAGUAUCGUUUCUGUUAUGAGCUGGUUCUGGAGUAUUUGGACUGCUUGGAGGUCAGAUAGCGGAAUCCCCCCCCUCCCCUCCAAUCCCGCCAUCCUGACCUCACUGCACGGAGCAGGACCACCGGCAGGCUCACUCUUACA